AUGUUCUCCAUCCAGGACAGCCUCCCCCGGGGGGCCCUGACCAUGAAGGAGGAGCCCCUGCCCACCGGCAUGACCCCGGUCCGCUCCUGGAUGCAGGGCGCGGGGAUCCUGGACGCGAACACCGCGGCCCAGAGCGGAGUGGGUUUAGCUCGAGCUCACUUUGAGAAGCAGCCGCCGUCCAACCUGAGGAAAUCCAACUUCUUCCACUUCGUGCUGGCGCUGUACGACCGGCAGGGGCAGCCGGUGGAGAUCGAGAGGACGUCCUACGUGGACUUUGUGGAGAAAGACAAGGAGUACAACGGAGAGAAGACCAACAAUGGAAUCCACUACAGGCUACAGCUGCUGUUCAGCAACGGCAUCAGGACAGAACAGGAUCUUUACGUCCGACUCAUCGACUCCAUGACCAAACAGGCGAUCCUGUACGAAGGUCAGGACAAGAACCCGGAGAUGUGCCGCGUCCUCCUCACCCACGAGAUCAUGUGCAGUCGCUGUUGUGACAAGAAAAGCUGCGGAAAUCGCAACGAGACGCCGUCUGACCCGGUCAUCAUCGACAGAUUCUUCCUGAAGUUCUUCCUCAAGUGCAACCAGAACUGUCUGAAGAACGCAGGGAACCCCCGAGACAUGAGGAGGUUCCAGGUUGUCGUCUCCACCACCAUCAAUGUGGACGGUCACGUUCUCGCCGUGUCAGACAACAUGUUCGUCCACAACAACUCCAAACAUGGCCGCCGCGCCCGCCGCCUGGACCCUUCUGAAGGGUCACCUGAUUCGUUCUACUUGGAGCACCAGACGGCAGCCACGCCCUGCAUCAAAGCCAUCAGCCCGAGUGAGGGCUGGACGACGGGCGGAGCCACCGUCAUCCUCAUCGGGGACAACUUCUUCGACGGCCUGCAGGUCGUGUUCGGUACCAUGUUGGUCUGGAGCGAGCUGAUCACGCCUCACGCCAUCCGGGUCCAGACCCCCCCUCGACACAUCCCCGGGGUCGUGGAGGUCACGCUCUCCUACAAGUCCAAACAGUUCUGCAAAGGAGCGCCGGGACGCUUCGUCUACACCGCGCUGAACGAGCCGACCAUCGACUACGGUUUCCAGAGGUUACAGAAGGUCAUCCCUCGCCACCCCGGCGACCCCGAGAGGUUACCAAAGGAGGUGCUGUUGAAGCGAGCAGCUGACCUGGUGGAGGCGCUCUACGGGAUGCCACACAACAACCAGGAGAUCAUCCUGAAGCGAGCGGCCGACCUCACGGAGGCGCUCUACAGCGUCCCGCGCAGCCACAACCAGCUGCCCUCUCUCACCGGCUCGGCCGCCCACUCAGGGAUGAUGGGCGUGAACUCCUUCAGCAGCCAGCUCGCCGUCAACAUCUCCGAGGCCUCGCAGGCCGACCAGGGUUACUCCCGUAACUCCAACAGCGUCUCUCCUCGCGGCUACGUGCCCAGCUCCACGCCUCAGCAGGCCAACUACAACACCAUCACGUCCACCAUGAACGGGUACGGAGCGGGCAUGACCAACCUGGGGGUCCCGGGGUCCCCCAGCUUCCUCAACGGCUCCGGCGCCAACUCUGCGUACGCAACCAGGGACACAUCCUCCUCCUCAUCCUCCUCCUCAUCCUCCUCUUCCUCCUCCUCCUCAUCCUCCUGCCCUUAUUCAUUCUCUCCUGUCCAUAUGGUUUCUGCAGUCAAACAGAAGAGCGCCUUCGCCCCCGUCGUGCGGCCACAGACCUCCCCGCCCCCCACCUGCACCACCACCAAUGGCAGCAACCUCCAGGCCAUGGCCGGUCUCAUCGUCCCGCCCAUGUGA